UCAAUUUAUUUUCAUAAAUUAUAAUUAUUUAUUCAAUAAAUUCAGUUAGUAACUAAUACUGCAAAAUGGGCACAAAAAUUGUGAAUCGUAUCAUGUUAAUUACCGGUUUAAUAAGUUUAUUGCACGCCGCUUUUUCAGCUGCACAUCAUCGCACCUAUUUGCGGCUGACGGAACAAGACUGGACACAUCUACCAGUAGAUGUAAUAGUGCAGACUGUUGUCAGCCUGCUGGUGGUCGUGUACAAUUUAAUACAAGUGGUUGGUAAUUUCAAAGAAAUACGUGCCACGGUUGACAUGCAAGAGAAAUCCUGGGAUACAUUGGGUAACUUGCCUUCAUUUUACACAUUCAAUCAUCGUGGUAUGGCUUUAUAUCAAAAUUAUGAAGCCGAACCAACAACAAACGUUGGCAACAAGAGUAGUCUAGAUGUAGAUUAUUAGCAAAGAAAAUUGUGUUUAGUCGUAAAUUAGUAUUUGUGUUUACAUUCUUUGUAAGCUAUAUUUGCAAAUCCAAUAAAUCGAAAUUUUUCGAAUAAAUCCAGAAA